AAACACAAACGUAGAGAGAGGGAGAGAGAGAGAGAGAGUGAGGAGAGAGAGAGAGAUGACGACAAGCAACAAAAUAGCUGAGAGAAAAAGAGAAAGAAAGGGUUCCAAAGCGAAAGAGAAGAAUCAGAAUCCGAGCCAGAACCAGAGCAAGAAGAAGAAGAAGAGUAAUAGUAGUAUAAAGAAUGGAAAUAGUAAAAAAGAGGAAGAACCAGAGGUUCUGAUUGUACCGUCUUCGAGCGCAGACUCACACAACAAAGACGAAGAUGGAGACGAUGAAGAAGAAGAGGCAAAGAACAGUUUCACCGCGAAUCGACGCAGCGAUAAAGCAAAAGAAGAAGAAGAAGAAGAUGAUGAUGAUGAUGAGGAUGAAGCAGAGGAAGAGGACACGAAGAAGAAGAAGGAGGAGGAUAAGAACAGUGAGAGUAAGAAGAAUGAGAAUGCGAAUGCAUUGUAUCGCUUUCCUAUGCAUCGCAUCAGUCGGAUCAUAAAGGGCGAUAAUUCUGAUAUUCGCAUCACCCAAGAGGCCAUUUUUCUCAUAAAUCAAGCUUCGGAGAAGUUUCUUGAACUAUUUUCUAAGGAGGCAUAUGCCUGUUCUUUUCUGGAUCGUAAGAAGCAUGUUGGUUACCAGCACCUAUCAUCAGUAGUUCGUAAGCGGAAGAGAUUUGAUUUCCUUUCAGAUUUUGUUCCUGAGAAAGUGAAAGCUGAGGAUGCCUUGGCAGAAAUGCCUUCAACCGAGAUGUGACUAGGCUGGGACCUGGAGAAGAUGAUUCUCCCCUUGUAUUGCUUGAACUACUUAAAUGUGGGUCUCGUUGGCUAAUUUGACAUUGUGCCUGCACUGAGGAGUAUGAUGCAGCUCUUCAUGGUUAAAGCACGGAAGCUCUUCUUUCCCGGUUGGAGAAUGGUUCCGUUUAUCAUGUAUUAUUACGUCUCCCUAUUUGAACACAUUCACUAUUCCUUUAUGCUGCCGUUCAUGCUUACAAUACCAUAUGCUUGUCACCGUUGACCGAUUGCCAGAUUAAGAACAGAUUUUGGUGGAUUUCUGCGUUGAGAUGGCUGGUGAGACGGUGCAGUUGGUAGAUUGAAUGAACUCCAUGUAUUGUUGUCUAUGAUGCAAAUGCUUACUUUUCAUCCUCCUUUUUUCUGCUCUAGAGUUCAUUUUAUUUGCUUUGUUAAGUUUGGGAAGCCAAAAAUUUGAUCAACCAAUUCAAUAUAACGGUUUUCAUGGUUGCCAAAUUAUUGUUUGGCCGUCACUUAGAAGCGUAGUUUUGUUAAUUUGAGAUCGCAAAUUUUAUUUUA